UAGUAGACAGAAACGAAAAAUUAAAUACAACUGUAUUGAUAAUAAAUUAAUAAUGCUACUUAAUCUUUCUUUUUAUGUUUUCACUUACCCCAGUCUCACUCGUAACGCGUGGCGAAGACUCGCUCCCCUCAUUUUAAUUUCAUUUACAUUUUAUGUAUCUGGACCUUGAUCGCAAUAACCAUCGCCUCCAUCCUGACCACUCCUCUCCGUCGCCUCUGAAAACACACACCACACACACUCUCUCUCUCACUCUCACGAAUUCCGCCGCCAGCCACGAGCAGGCGAAGCGACGCGGUUAUCAACCGGCGCAAUUGACAAUCAGUAUCCCGCAUAUUUUGAUUGGUAAUGGCGGAGCUGGCGGCGGCUGAAGUCUACGCGCCGCGGACGCUGCAGGUGUGGCGGACGCUCCUCAACUGGCUGGCGUUCUUCUUCCAGAUCUUCGCGCAGAUCCUCCGCGGCACGCCGUCGUUCACUCAGGUCCUCUCGUAUGUUGGCCUGCGCCAGGGGUCGUUUCUGUCUUCCGCGCCCCACGCGCCGCCGCAGUUCAAGCCUCUGCCGGUGGUCGAGCUUCCGGAGUACUCGGAGGAGCCUGAGGAGGCACCUCCGCCGCAGCUGACGAGUCCGGUCCACGGUGGUGGAGAGGGGGCUGCUGAUUCUCCGCCUUUUGGGAAGCUAACGGUUGUUCUUGAUUUGGAUGAAACUCUGGUAUGUGCAUAUGAGACAUCAAGCUUGCCAGCAAUGCUACGUAGUCAAGCCACUGAAGCUGGUAUAAAAUGGUUUGAAUUGGAAUGCAUAUCUUCUGACAAAGAAUUUGAAGGCAAACCAAAGAUCAACUAUGUGACAGUGUUUGAACGUCCUGGACUGAAAGAAUUUCUGAAACAACUCAGUGAAUUUGCUGAUCUUAUAUUAUUUACAGCUGGACUUGAAGGCUAUGCUAGACCCCUUGUAGAUAAAAUAGAUUCCACAAAUCUAUUCAGCCGUAGACUUUACCGGCCUUCUACAAUUAGCACGGAGUAUCGUGAACAUGUGAAGGAUUUAUCUAGCUUGUCAAAGGAUUUCUGCCGAAUUGUUAUUGUUGACAAUAAUCCAUUUAGUUUCUUGUUGCAACCAUUAAAUGGCAUCCCAUGCAUACCAUUUUCGCCUGGACAACCUCAUGAUGAGCAGCUUUUGGAAGUUAUCCUUCCUUUGCUCAAGAAUCUUUCUCAACAAAAGGAUGUAAGGCCUGUUCUCUACGAAAGGUUCCAUAUGCCCGAGUGGUUUCAGAAGCAUGGAAUUCCUACUUCAGGAUGGACAUAGGAUGAAACUGGUGACCGUCAUGCAUGUCUUUAUGUAUUAUAAUGCUAUAAUGCUUAGGAUAAUUAUUUUUUUCACAAGGCAGUGUCUCUAAGCCGGAGCCACAAAGUUUUGUAUAGCAUUGUUCGGUGCAUUGGAGCAGCCAUUGAUGAAGUUGAAACUUAUCACAAGUCUUAUCGGAGGAGCUCUCUCCCGAGCACGAUCAGAAUUGUACAACUUUGAAAAGUAAGUUUCUCUGUGUAACGUUGUCCAUAGAUGCAAAAAAACUGAUGGUGUAUCAUCCUAGUAUUGUAUACCAUUGAUGAUAACAAUCAAUUAUUUGCCGUAACAAGCCCUCUGUUGCUUCCCUGUAUGAUAGAUUUGUGGAAUGUGAAUUAGAUGUUCGUUUCAA